AUGCCGCAGUACUUGGUGCGCAAUGGCUGCCGCAUCGCCUACACCAAGGUGCCGGCCCAGUGGGGGCGGCACGGCGACAUCGUCGACAAGGCGCGAGAGCUGGAGCAGUUUGCCACGCGGCAGCUGGGGUGCACCUACUGGGCGCUGGAGUACCAAGGCCAUGGCGACUCCUCCCCCAACUUUCUAGAAUGCACGCUGGCCACCUGGCUGGAAGAUGUGCUGCAGCUGCUGGAUGCCAUCGGCAGCCAGCGGCAGGUGCUGGUGGGGUCCUCGCUGGGCGCGUGGCUGGCGCUGCACGCCGCGCUGCGGCGCCCGCACCUGGUGCAGGGCCUGCUGCUGCUGGCGCCCGCCCCGGACAUCAGCCUGCACUGGCAGCAGGUGGCGCAGCCCGCGGGGGCGGAUGCCGCCGGCUACGAGCUGGUCAGGCUGCCCUCGGAUUAUGUGGAGGAGGGGGGCAUCCGCGUGCGGCGGCAACUGCUGGAGGACGCCAGCCAGCACUUCCUGCUGCUGCACACGGGGCAGCUGGAGGCGCUGACGUGCCCCGUCGCCGUGAUGCACAGGUGGGGCCUGUGCCGCCGCUUUGCGCCCAGCGGCGUCCUGCCCUCUCUUGAGGAUGUGGUGCGGCGCGCUUUUCAGCGGCAGCUCCACACCCUGCGGGACGAUGUGGUGCCUCUGGAGGCGGUGCAGCGGCUGGCGGAUGAGCUGCAGCGCAGCAGCCGCGCUUUCCACCUGGAGCUGCUGCCGGACGGCAACCACCGGCUGAGCCGGGAGCAGGACCUGGGGCUGAUGUGCCGCUUGCUGCGGCAGGUGGCGAAGCAGGCGCUGGCGCUCUGA